UUUACACUGUUUUUUGUGAUUUGCCCUGUCAAAUGCUGUGACUACAGUGCAAACACUACAAUUCCCAGAAUGCCCCAUCGACGACAGUACUUAUGUAAACGUAGCAGAGGGUGGUGCAAGUUCAGAUUGGGUGUUGAAUUUCUGUGCGUAAAGAUUUACUGGGGGCACCCUGAAAGAUUGGCAAUUGGUCUUUUUCAUUGGCAUCAGCUGUGAUGUUAUGGAGUUAGAGAAGACAAGCAAAGCUGAUGGAUUUCAGGUAUGGGUGACAAACUAACCAAACAGCAGGAGGAGCACAUGGCUUCUUUUGCACCCCUGUCUCGUGUCAUAGUAACUGGAGGCACACACGGAGAUGAGCUGGCAGGGGUUUACUUGGUCCAGAAGGGACUUGUAAAGCAACCGGAAUUCCUUCAGAGGGAAACUUUUACUGCACAGGCGAUCGUGGCCAACCCAGAGGCUUCAAGGAAGUCCUGCCGCUUUGUGGACACCGACCUGAAUCGAUGCUUCACUUUUGAGAGUCUGAGUUCUUCAACUGCGAACAGUUCCUCAUAUGAAAUCCGUCGAGCUAAAGAACUGAAUCAUCUUCUUGGACCAAAGGGUAGCAAUGAAGCUGUGGACUUCAUUUGUGAUCUUCAUACCACAACAGCCAACAUGGGGACCUGCAUCAUUGUUGACUCUGAAAAGGAUUACCUUUCAUGUCAAGCUGCUCAUUACCUGAAGGAGGUGUCCACACAUCCUUGUCAAAUCAUGUUAAUUAAGAGUGGCACACCUACCUUCUCCAUGAUGUCCCUGGCCAAACAUUAUCUAACUUUGGAAAUUGGACCAGCACCCCAUGGUGUGAUCCGAGCUGACAUUUAUAACACCAUGAAGAUGUUGGUGGGCCACCUUCUAGAUUUCAUUGACCGGUUUAAUAAAGGACAAGAAUUCCCAGCUUUCAAUAUGGAUUGCUUUCAGAUAGAGAGAAAGUUUGAUUACCCACGGGAUGAAGAUGGACAACUUACAGCUUGUAUUCAUCCAAAGCUUCAAGACUCUGAUUUCAAACCCCUUUUCCAGGGUGAUCCCAUUUUCCAGUCCUUCGUUUCAGAAGAGAGCAUUUGUUAUGAGGCGCAGGAUCCCAUUUGUCCCAUCUUCAUCAAUGAGGCUUCUUACUAUUCCAAAGGAAUUGCAUUCUGGGGAACCAAAAUUCAGACCUUUGAGAUCACAUCUAUUAAAGUGUCCAUCUAAUCUUUCUUCA